AGCAUUUGUGGAAGAAAUUGGUGGGACCUUUUUCUUCGAAGGGAAUGAAUACUGGCGCGAUUUCAUCUCCCACAAGCUGUAGAUAUAGAGAGCGAGAGUUACAUAGAGAGAUAAACAGAUAAUGGCGGUCUCUACACCAUCCAUUGUGACACCAAAGCUCCACACACUUCAAACCUUCAAUCCCAAACCCCAAAUCACCUUCAAAGCUAACUCUAACUCUUGUUUUUCUCGCUCUCUCUGCUCCUCUCGGAACUCGAUUCCUUCCAGUAGUAGUAGUAGGAGGAAGAUUUUCGAUCUGGGUGUUGGGCUUCUGGCUGCUUCAGUGGUGGCUUCCUCGCCCUUUGACGCCUCCGCCACCAGAAUCGAGUACUACGCCACCGUAGCAGAGCCUUCCUGCGAGCUCAAUUUCGCCCGUUCGGGUCUUGGUUACUGCGACGUCGCUGUUGGGUUUGGUGAGGAGGCUCCUCUUGGUGAGCUCAUCAAUGUUCACUACACUGCAAGGUUUGCUGAUGGGAUAGUUUUUGACAGCAGCUACAAACGUGCUAGACCUCUCACCAUGCGCAUUGGUGUUGGCAAGGUGAUUAAGGGAUUGGAUCAAGGAAUCUUAGGAGGUGAAGGAGUACCACCCAUGCUAGUCGGUGGAAGACGGAAGCUUCAAAUUCCUCCAGAGUUGGCAUAUGGGCCUGAACCUGCUGGUUGCUUUUCAGGUGACUGCAAUAUUCCUGCAAAUGCAACUCUUGUCUACGAUAUCAACUUCAUCAAUAUCUACUCGGGAAAUAGGAAAUGAAGGAGUUCUAUCUCAUGCAAUACACAACAUGUGAGAAGCCAGCGGCAAUUUGUUCAGGUGCAGAUGUCUUCGAGUAGAAAAAGAUGGCAGAAUCUUAUUUCUGAUUCAAGUCGCCACUUAUAAGGACAAGAUGUUCCAUGCUAAGCUGGGAUUGCUUGGGAUUCAGAAGAGGUUUGGUGAGUGAAAAAUUAAAGAAAACAAAAAUGAAAUCGUUUUCUGUAUUUGAUUACCAAGGAAAACAAAACAGGGUAGGGAAAUUUUUUUGUAUAAUUGAAGUAUGCUCAUAUUCUCUCUUAAAUGUUCUUGUAUGAAGCAGACUUUGAAUC